CCGCUGUCGAGCGACCCGCUUUUGAGCACCAUCGCGAUGCUUUCCAUGCGCGCGUGCUUCGAGAAGUCGCUGCCCUGUCUGCCUGCGCGGAAAGAGAAGGCAAUGCUAUGGCGCAAGCUCGGCGGCGAUGCCCUCGAGCCGGUCCUCGCGAGCGGCGCCGUCGCCCUCCUCGACGCGCAGUGGAUCAUCCGCCACGCCGAGGCGGGCGGCGUUCUCAACAACCGCCAGGCUCUGCCCAAAGAGGCCUUCCUCUCCCUUGCCGACCUCGUUGAGGCGACCGAGUGGCACAGCUGGCUUCCCGUCGCCGCGCUCUCCUACCCGUGGCUGACCAAGGACCACCCCGACCCGCGCGGAGCCAACCUCUCCCGCGUCGCGAGGGCGCUCAAGGCCCUGCUCACCACUCGGUACAUAUUGCGGCUCGGCGUCUUUUGGGACUUCGGCUCGCUGCACCAGCACCCCGACCCCGCCAAGGGCGUCCUGCGCACCGACGAGCAGAACGCGCUCUUCAAGCAGGGGCUGGGCUACCUCGGCACGCUCUACUCCCACCCGCAGACAUGGGUGCUGCGGCUGACCUCCUUCCCGGACGGCCACAAGGCGGAGGACCAGGCCGAGGGCACCAACGUGGCCAAGUACUUUGACCGCGGCUGGUGCGCCACUGAGAACGCUUGGGCGAGCCUUACCAAGGCCAGCUUCCUCUCGCUCGACCUCGGCAAGAUGCGCGACGGCAAGGAGUACGACUUCGACAGCCUCACCAACGCCUGCGUCCAGGCCGGCGGCCGGCGCCCUCCGCUGCUGCCGUCUGCGUUCGCGGAGGAGCUGGAGACGAAGAGCUUCACCAACGGCAAGGACGACAAGCCGCUCGUGAAGCGGCUGUACGAGGCCGCCUUCGAGGAGCAGUUUGGCAAGGCGACCGAGCUGUGGUACGACAGCCUCGGCUGGGGCGACGCGGAGGCGGUGCAGCUGGCGGAGGUCCUCGCGAGCGGGGCAGCGCCGCGGCUCGAGAAGCUCAAUCUCUGCAAGAACGAGAUUGGCGACGAGGGCUGCCAGGCGCUGGCCGCCGCCCUCGGCAAGGAGGGGGCAGCGCCGCGGCUCAAGACGCUCAAGCUCGAAAGCAACGAGAUUGGAGACGAGGGCUGCGAGGCGCUGGCCGCCGCCCUUGGCAAGGAGGGGGCAGCGCUGCGGCUCGAGGAGCUCUGGCUCGACGGCAACAAGAUUGGCGACGAGGGCUGCGAGGCGCUUGCCGCCGCCCUCGGCAAGGAGGGGGCAGCGCCGCGGCUCGAGACGCUCAAUCUCCGCUGGAACAAGAUAAAUUCUUGUUGGGUGUGCGUGUUUUGAAGACUUUGGCGAGCCAACGCAGCCGAGAGAU